CUAUUGGGGGUAGGCGAAAGACUGGGCGGAAAGAACCAGUCACCACAUGGUCACGUGGGGGCUCUUUGCAGGCAUAAAAGCGAGGUUCUCCCCGUUAGCAGCCAGUUGUCAAACUGCGAGCAGAGAGCUCCAGGAGUGUCAGAAGACUGUCCACGAAGGAACUCGGUGCUGCGUCCCGCCAGCUCAGCCACCUCCGACACCGCCGCCACCUCCGAGAUGCUCUUCCGAGCUGUGCUGCUCUGCACCGCUCUGGCGCUCAGCCAUGCAGCAAAUCCUUGCUGUUCCAACCCCUGUCAAAACCGAGGUGAAUGUAUGAGCACAGGAUUUGACCAGUAUAAAUGCGACUGUACUCGGACAGGAUUCUAUGGUGAAAACUGCACUAUACCCGAGUUUCUGACAAGAAUUAAAUUGCUGCUGAAGCCCACCCCAAACACAGUACACUAUAUCCUGACCCACUUCAAGGGAGUCUGGAACAUUGUGAAUAACAUUUCCUUUCUUCGAAAUUCAAUCAUGAGAUACGUGUUGACAUCCAGAUCACAUUUGAUUGACAGUCCACCAACUUACAAUGUACACUAUGGUUACAAAAACUGGGAAGCUUUCUCCAACCUCUCCUACUAUACCAGAGUCCUUCCUCCUGUGGCUGAUGACUGCCCAACUCCCUUGGGUGUGAAAGGAAAUAAGGAGCUUCCUGAUUCGAAAGAAGUUCUGGAAAAAGUUCUUCUCAGGAGAAAGUUCAUCCCUGAUCCCCAAGGCACGAAUAUGAUGUUUGCAUUCUUUGCCCAGCACUUUACUCAUCAGUUUUUCAAGACAGAUCAGAAACGAGGACCUGGCUUCACCCGAGGACUGGGCCAUGGGGUGGACUUGAACCACAUUUACGGUGAAACCCUAGAGAGACAACAUAAACUGCGCCUUUUCAAGGAUGGAAAAUUGAAGUAUCAGGUCAUUGGUGGAGAGGUGUAUCCUCCCACAGUCAAAGACACCCAGGUGGAGAUGAUCUACCCUCCUCACACCCCUGAGCACCUACGGUUCGCUGUGGGGCAGGAGGUCUUUGGUCUGGUGCCUGGUCUGAUGAUGUAUGCUACCAUCUGGCUGCGAGAGCACAACAGAGUGUGUGAUGUGCUUAAACAGGAGCAUCCUGAGUGGGACGAUGAGCGGUUAUUCCAGACAAGCAGACUCAUACUGAUAGGAGAGACUAUCAAGAUCGUGAUCGAAGACUAUGUGCAGCACCUGAGCGGCUACCACUUCAAACUCAAGUUCGACCCGGAGCUGCUUUUCAACCAGCAGUUCCAGUAUCAGAACCGCAUUGCAGCUGAAUUCAACACACUGUAUCACUGGCACCCCUUGCUGCCCGACACCUUUCAAAUCGAGGACCAGGAGUACAACUUCAAACAGUUCCUCUACAACAACUCCAUUCUCCUCGAGCACGGACUCGCCCAGUUUGUUGAGUCAUUCACCAGACAGAUUGCUGGUCGGGUUGCUGGGGGUAGGAAUGUUCCAGUUGCAGUAAAAGCAGUGGCAAAGGCCUCCAUUGACCAGAGCAGAGAGAUGAAAUACCAGUCCCUCAAUGAGUAUCGCAAACGCUUCUCCCUGAAGCCUUAUACAUCAUUUGAAGAACUUACAGGAGAGACAGAAAUGGCCGCAGAGUUGAAAGCCCUCUACAGUGACAUUGAUGCCAUGGAGCUGUAUCCUGCCCUGCUGGUGGAAAAGCCUCGUCCAGAUGCUAUCUUUGGGGAGACCAUGGUAGAACUUGGAGCACCAUUCUCCUUGAAAGGACUUAUGGGUAAUCCCAUCUGUUCUCCUCAGUACUGGAAGCCAAGCACUUUUGGAGGAGAAGUGGGUUUUAAGAUCAUCAACACUGCCACAAUUCAGUCUCUCAUCUGUAAUAACGUUAAGGGCUGCCCUUUCGUCUCCUUCAGUGUGCACGAUCCGCAGCCUACCAAAGCAGCCACCAUCAAUGCAAGUGCCUCCCAUGCCAGACUAGACGACAUCAACCCCACAGUGCUCAUCAAAGGGCGUUCAACUGAGCUGUAGAAGUCUACUGGUCAUAUUUAUUUAUUUAUAUGAACAAUUUAAUUUAAUUAUUUAAUAUUUAUACAGAAUGCCCUUUUCACUUAACACCUUCUGUAACAGAAGGCAAUGUCCUGAAUGAUGUUACAUUUGUGAAGAUUCCUGUGUUUGUACUUGGAAUAUAUGUUGCCCUCGAGUGAAAGAGAAAAACGGCUUUCACUCUUUUAUGUAAACCAAUGGGAAAUGAUUUUUGAUAUUUUUACUUGAAUUUUAGCUCAUAUUAUAUCUUAAUAAGAGCAAAGGAAAGAUGUUUGAAUACUUAAAUGCUGUUACAACAUGACAGAUGCUGCAAAUGUCUACACUGUUGAUUAUGACUGUAUCUUCCUAGCUACGUUAGGAGCAGCUAAUGUGGAAUUUUAAAGAAAUCUUGCAUAUCUAUAUCUCAUUAAACAAAAGGGUACCAGCUAAGCUUUCAAUGACCAUUUACGGCAGAUACUGCCAAUGAGUUCAUUUAAAAAAGCAGUCUUAAAAUGAAUGAUUUGAAAUUUCUAAAUGGAGAGCUUGAAUCCCUUUUGAAUGCUCUCACUUUCUUAAGCUGUUAAUUUUGGACCCAUCCCAAUAAAACAGCUAUCAUAAACACAAAUCUCUCAAAUUAGUAGAAAUUACAUUAUGAUUAGUGGUUAAAAACUAUGUCAGGGAUUUUUUUUCUCAGUAGGAGUGAAAUGCUACUUACUGUGGUGGUGAGACCUUCCUUAUAAUUCAAGAUGCCAGUAUAGGAAGAGGGUAGAGCUCCUGCUGUUCUAGUUUAAGAGUAAGAUCUUUAAAGAGUUUGAUUAUAUGAAUAGUAGCAAGCAAAUCUUCAACAAUGAAAGACUUACAAAUAAAAUAACCAAGGACAAAGGAUUCCCAAUUAAAGAUCACAUUUGGGGUUACACUUCUGAAGGAGACGUUUUGAUCCUUGUGUGAUGCUGGCAUGAUACUCAACAGGUUUUUGCUGUGAGAAUAAUGACUUAGCAAGCUGGACUUAAACCAUUUUUCUCUUGUACAGUAUGAUACAACAGUCCGUCUCUCAAUGCCAAAUGUAUCAGUGGCCUUGUGAGCUUCUUCCAAGUGUUGAAAUUUAUUCUUGCUCAUUCUAUAUGAAGUGCAGAGGGACCUGUGCACUGUGUGAGUCCAGCUUGGAUGCCAGCACGCUGCUCCUCUUAUUUCUUUUUCUUGUCACCAUUUUACUAUGAGAAACUGCUGAUGAUUUUUUCUUUGCUGUUUUCUAGGGUUGGGAUUUUUCUUUGCUGUUUUCCAGGUUUUUAAUAUCAGGUCUAUUCUCUCUUUAACCUCUAUUAAUGUUUUCUCUACUUGAAAUUUUACAUUCAGGACAACCUCAGCUCAGGACUACUAGGUACUCCCCUUUGGAGGAGUAAGUUCACUUUAGGUGAAAGGCAGAAAUUUUUACUUAUAAUUAACUAUACUAGAGGACCCUAUCAAGAUAUGAGUGCCUUAUAUGGAAAUGUAGGGGGUUUGUAACAAGAAAGUUACAUUCUUGUUGUGAAGAAUGGCUUUCUUACUUACAAACAAGGUCAGUUAGUGAGUAGUUCUGGGCAAUAGUAGUAAACAUAAAACAAUACUGAAGAUAAUUCUACAUCUCAUUAUCAGCUGAGGUACUGUAUAUUACUUAAUUUAUUGAGGAUAAUUAUGUCUUUUAGACAUUAUUGUUAUAAACUAUGUUUAAGCCUACAAGUGUUUGUUUUUGAUUUGUGUCAGAAUCAAUGUACCUUUUUUUGUGAUUACCUCUCUGAAAUCCUGUGUAAACAAUCAAACAAAAUGAUGAGAUUAAUGUUUGUAGAUAAAUUUUAAGAAAAUUAGUCUGGUAUAUUGAGAGGUUUAAAGAUGGAAUUUAUCCAUAGAGCAUACUGCAGAGAACAUUGUCUCACCGAAACGUGUUAUAAAGACUGACAUCUUAGACAUUUUGAAGGCCCUGUAGGUGCUCUAUUAACUAGUCAAAUUAAGAAAUUGUCUUCAAAGCACUAUAGGCAUUAGUAUCCAUGGAUCAAGAACUUAUUACAGAUAAUAUUUAUGUAAAUAACUGAAAAUGUGUCUUAUUAAGAGAAAGGAAAGAUUUAUUUUAUUACAAAUAAUUACAAAAUAUUCUAAAGAUUAUAUGCUUUUCAUGAUUAAGAUGGAAAAAUAAUCAGCUUUAGAAAAAACUGUAUAAAGAUUGUUACUGUCACUGAUUUUUUUUUAAUCAAGCCAACUUGAUUGUUUUGAACAUGAACCUGCUGACUGAACCUGGAAAUUCAGGUUAAGUGUGUGUCUGUUACAGUGCCUGAGAAAAAUGUGUAUUUAAAUUAACUUAUGUAAAAAAGAAGUCUUAGAACAAAUGUUUGUUUAUUUUUAUACUAUUUAAGAAUUGAAAACUUCUGAAAAUAAAAGUUGAUUGUUUCUUUA